UACUCGUGCAGCUUGUAAGUGUGCUCGUGUGUAGUGUGUUAUCUCUUCAGCACUUAAGAUACUUGUUGGAACUGAGAGUUUAAGUUAGGCGACUAGGAAACAGAAAACGUCUAACACACGCGACGCACCUCUUAAGUCACUAGCCUAAUCUAGACACUGUGACUGUCUAUUGUAUCUGUGUUUAAAAUAGAUUUACGAAUUUUGUAUGUGUAUCUUAAGUAUCGCGGUAAAUUUGAUAAUGUGUAGGUCUAAAUGUGUUCUUCUAGUGCAGUAUCUUUUUAUCUUAUCUUAUCUUAUAUAAUACAGACGUUACUUCAAAAAAGAAGAUGAUUAUACGUCCUACGCGUCAUGCAUUUAGUCAUGCAUAUUAACCAAUGACUUAAAUUCUGCCAAGUCACUGGUUUUCCUGGCUAGCUCAGGAAUUUAAAUAAUUUAUUCAUUGAUUGGAUGGAUUAUUGAUUCGAUGAUUGGAAUGUGGCCUGGAUCUAUAUAAUACUACUGGCUAUAUAGAUUGAUCUCACGAGGACUUCUGAAUCUGUGUUUUUAUCGUAUGAAUUAUUAUUGUUCUUAGCAUGAAAAAGCCUAGAUCUUUAAAAGAAUUAUGAUUGCUUGGACUAGAGCUCAUCACAUUAUCGCCCUUUGCUUACUCCUUAAUAUCGUGGAUCUAUCAACUAUGCUCAUUGGUGCCAAGUGACAAUUACACUAGAUUGAAAGAAAUUCAAAUCCGGCUCUAUACUACAGUUGUCAAGUCAAAAAUCUUUCUUGUAUGCAGGGGGUCUGAAUCAUGGAGUAUACAAGCCAUACUCUUUACAACAAUGUCUGGAACAUCCAAAGAUCAGCAUUAUCAGGCUGAUCUUGACACGGCUAAUGAAAUGAUCCGAAAAUGUGCCAUGGCUUCUGUUAUCAAGUGGAAGAGGAAUUCUCUUGUGUUGCUUGUCGUGCUUGUUCUUGUCGUUUUGUUUGUCUACAUGUCUAGCGGCACGUAUAUGUCCGAAAGUUAUAGUCCCUUGAAAUUUCAAAGUCCAGUACGCCAUGAAUACACUGUUUGGCCAGAGUUUACACCAGUGUCUAGAUUAGAUCAUAACUAUUUCCUAACUCAUUGUGUCAAAAAUCUCAACCACAGUAUCACUGGAUUAUUUCAACUACAGGAACAGUGGUCAGUGUCCCGACAUACCAGCUGCAGAGAUUUAUAUGAUAAAUUCAAAACUAUCUUCACCAUUGAUGGUCGAAAAGCGACUUUGUCAUUACCAGAUCUUUUAAAGGAAAAGGUGUUUGGCUGGUUGGGAAAGGAACAAGAUUUAUACAAAGAAGUUUUUAAUCAGGAUGUCAUUCAUGUUAUUAAUGAGUUUACACAUGAGCAUACUGUGUUCAAUCCUUUACGUGACAAGAGACCAGUGGCGCCACCUAAAGAACCAGAGGAUGUUUAUUUCAACCAGAUUAUGAAAGAUAGUGCUGAGUCUUGUGAUUUCUGUAAUUAUAAAAAUUUCACUGCGGAGCAUACCUUUGGUCGAGUAGAAUCCAAAUUCGCAUUCUCAGCAUCUAAUGUUUUUAAACUGGACACUCUGCAUGCUCUACUGGCUUUGAAAAAACAUGACCCAUUGCAUUGGAGCCUGGAAGAAUUUUUGGAUUUAUUUCAACUAGUCAAUACUUGGAUUAACAAAGCCAACACCAACUUUCCGAAAGCUCGUUAUCCCGGUGUUGUGUGGGAUGUGCUGCCCAAAUGCGGCGCUAGUCAAGUUCACCCACAUCUUCAUGUCAUUUUGGACUUUGAAAGACAUCAUGGUGUGAUGGAAGCCUGGCGUAAAGGUGCUCAACAAUACUUUGAUGUUCAACAUAGCAACUAUUUCUCCGACCUUGUAAGCAUCUACACAGCAUUUAACCUGACAGCAACUUUGGGCAAAGCCGUUGCCUUUCCUAAUUUGGUGCCUAAAAAAGAUCAUGAGAUUGUUGUGAUAGCUGAGAGACCAGAUUCAGACUUUUAUACUUUAUUGUUCUUAGUUUUGAGAGGUUUGAUUGAUGAUGUACAUAAAAUGUGUUUCUCUAUGGGAAUAGCCUUGCCUGCCUUAAAUGUGGCAGAAGGAAAGCUACCUGCUUAUGCUCGUGUUAUAACUAGAGGCUACAUCACAGAUGUCAGAGCUGAUAUAAGUUCCUUGGAAUUAUUCUUGUCGACCAAUGUGAAUAUCGACCCAUAUAACACUAUAGAAAUUGUCAGAAACUCAAUAAAUCAGAGAUUGAAAAAGUCAGAAAGUUAAUCGGAUAACUUGGAUACAGUCCUUGAGUACAUUGACAUUUAUGGAUUGCGACUUUGCUGCCUCACAACAAAUGUAAAUUCAAAUCUAUGAAAGUAUGAGAGGUACCUGAGAGGGAAGUCAACCCUCCGGCUAUGGCAGUGCACUAGCUAUUGUCAAGCUUAAGAUUAAAAACUUCUUGCCUGAUCACUGCGGUAAUUCUGUUUUAAAAAAAAAAGCAACAGGAAAAAAUAAAUAAUAAAGAGUUAUAUUUAUCGUAAUAUAUAAUUAUAUUUAUCACAACGCAUCUUAAAUAGAAGAUGGAAAUCCUAUUUAUUGUUCAAUGUACAUAACUUUUGAUUAGUUCAUUUGCUGAACUGUUUGUGUCUCCUUGCUCUUCCCAUGUACUCAUCAGUUGUCUGAGAGGGACGUAAACCCUCCAGCUAUGUCAGUGCGCUAGCUAUUGUCCAGCUUAAGAUUAAUAACUUCUUGUCAGGUCACUGCUAGUAAUUCUGUUUUUAAAAAAAGAGCAACAAAAAACCAAGAGGAAACUGAAAUAAUAGUUAUAUUGAUCAUAAUAUAUCAUUAUAUUUAUCAUAAUAUAUAAUUAUAUUGAUCAUAAUAUAUAAUUAUAUUUAUCGUAAUAUAUAAUUAUAUUGAUCAUAAUAUAUCAUUAUAUUUAUCAUAACGCAUCUUAAAUAGACGAUGGAAAUCCUAUUUAUUGUUCAAUGUACAUAACUUUUGAUUAGUUCAUUAGCUGAACUGUUUGUGUCUCCUUGCUCUUCCCAUGUACUCAUCAGUUGUGAGGAGAUGUACAAGUGCUAUGAGGGCCUCAGUCCCUAGAUAAGCUCUUAUCUCAACAUUGAGAACAAUGUGAUAGUUAAGAGCUAAAAGAAAUCUGUGAUAAUUGUGUUUUUUUUUUAUUGACUUUGAUCCAGCGUAUUAAUUUGUAUAGUUACAAAUGAAUUGAAACUGAACAUUUGUACUGAGAAUUGCUCUCCCUUAAACUUACCUGGCACACUUCUCUUUUGAACAUCCUGGCUAGUGUUCUACUUCUGACUAGAACUCAUUCAUAAACUUGCCAGGCAGCAGGCUUGAUUCAGUAAUAGAAUACAAUGGGGAUUACAGAAUAGAAUACUAUGGGGAUUACAGAAUAGAAUACUAUGGGGAUUACAGAAUAGAAUACUAUGGGGAUUACAGAAUAGAAUACUAUGGGGAUUACAGAAUAGAAUACUAUGGGGAUUACAGAAUAGAAUACUAUGGGGAUUACAGAAUAGAAUACUAUGGGGAUUACAGAAUAGAAUACAAUGGGGUUUACAGAAUAGAAUACAAUGGGGAUUACAGAACAGUACUGAAGUGGGAAGGCUAAAUUUUACCUUUAAGCAAAAAUAAUUUUGGAAAAAAAUUAAGCGUUGCAUAUGUUUUUUAAUGUUGAUUUUGAAACAAAACAUGAAGGGGACAUUUUUAUUAUGAACCAAAUACUUUUUUUUUAAAAUUCAAAAUUAUUCGAAGGAACAAGUGAUAAAACACAUUUUUUUUUUACAAUGCAUCUGUCCAAAUUACACAUUUUUAAUAGGUGUGCAAAAACCUUCUGGGAAAACCAUGGUAGCCAUGGUUCUUGAAAACGAUUUUCCUAGAAAUUUGACAGUUUGGAAAAGAAUUAUUAGCUUGUUGGCCUCACUGGGAAAUUCCUAGUUUGACCAUUAUUAUUUUUCAAAGUAAAAAAAACGAAAUUUAAUUUGUCUAGAAAACUAAAAAAUAUUUAUCUUGAACAGACUAUAGUCUUUGGGUAGGCCCUAAUCAUUAAAGAGUUUAAUAAUGUUCAGGAACAUUUUGUCUUUGAAGUCUAGAUCUAAAGGCCAAUAAUUAGAAUAUUAUAAAGUCUAGUAGAUUUAUGCAUUCGCUUAACCAGGAUUUUCUCUCGAGGGGGAUGGAUGGAUUAAAAAUUUUCCUUUUUUUUAAAAAAAAUCUAGCACUCGUUAGCUACAGAGAACAAAAUAAUAAUUCUAUAAGAUGUAUUCAGGCAGUAUUGUCCUUUUUUAAUAAUAAUUGUUUUUAUUUGUUUUAGUAUCCAUUUUAAAAUGUGUUCAACAUAUUGCAUAACUUACAAAAACAUUUUCUUGUAACUUCAGUCUUUAAUUGGGCUUAUAAAUCUUUCCAUUUUUUUUAAUCCACUGCCUCAAAAUUGUCUGCUGUGGUGUCUGUUUAACCAUGACAUUGACUUAUAGAAGUUGUUCUCUUCAACUGCAGUUUCUGUGUCGACUUAAAGGCAGCAUUUAUUUAUUCUUUGUCCUUGUGAUUUGCACUUAUUCAUAUUUUUUCUCUUUUUAUCUUUUGCGCAAACUUUUUUCUUAAGUAUUAUUUGUGGUAUAUUAUAAUAUUUGUUAUAUAUCUAUAUGUGUGUGUAUAAAUAAGCAUGAACGCAUGACUUUUAAGCGUACGUUUCUAUUGUCAACAUUCCAAACAUUUUCAAUAAUUUUUCUAUUUUAUGUGCCUCUUUAUUACAGUAGUGAACUAGAAGUAUAUUUUUCUAUAACACAGUUUGCUUUCAUUGUCUUGAGUGUGGCAUGAUUUUCUCUUUUCUACAUGUUGUGUUUUAAUAUACUGAUUUUGUGGUUGCAAUUUCUAAGUUCCUAAGUCUGAAAUAAUGCUAUGUAAAUGUAAAAGAUAGUGUUAUUUUAAAUUUAGUACUGGCUGUACAUCAAUGGUGUCACUAACAGUGUUGGUCAAAUUACUACUUAUUUAGUAAUAUUCAAAUAAGCUUGUAGUAUGGGGUGGGUACUAUUGGAAAACCAAAUUAUGUAAGAAAUAGAACUAUAUUACUAUGUUUUGUACAUUUAAAAAGAAAAUCCUGAUAGUUUGUUUUUUUGCACGAAUAAGAAAAUAUUAGUAUUUAUUUUAAAAGUGGCACCAAUGAUUGAAUUCUUGAGGACCUUAUUUUGUUUGAAAUUUUUUGCAAUGGGUUUAAGAGACUCUAUCUUAUACGAGGGAAGUAAUUGAUUAUUGACGAUAUAUUUAUUCAGCAUUGUAAGAUUCAUAUCAAUAGAAUUUAGAAUGAAUUCCAUAAAAUGUCUUCCACAUAUAUAUAAAUAUAUAUUAAACGAAUUACCUCUUUGUUCAUCUUCAUCUAUCUUUAUUGUUUCUACUGUUAUGGUCACACAAUUAUUGUCUCUAUUCAUCAAUGAACUAAUGUUUAAGUUCAUACACUACAUGAGAGUAGAAUUGAUAUUUAAAAAAAAAAUGUGCAGCUGCACUUUGAGUCUCCAAUUUGUAUUCUGACUUGUCUACUUAUUUAAAAACUACAAACUCAAAUUUUAUUUAUUAAGAUUUUCAGAUACACCACACCGGUACAGUCAUGAGGGCACUGUGGUACUAAGAUCCUAACUAACAAAAAAGAAAUCCAUGAAUAGAAUGUAAGCCCUAACUUUCAAUCAUUUGAAAGCAUCAACUCAAUUAACCUUAACCUUAAAACUAUAAAUAAUUGUCCAUGAACCCAAACACAUGAACUUAAUCAACUUAUUGAACUUAUUUUUAUACAUUAUUGAACUGAUCUAGAUAAUAAAUAUCUUAACUCUUUCUCUCUGUAAUUAUUUACCACAUUCUGGUGGAAUCAACGCUGGUAUCGUCAGUUAGGAGAGAAAGAGUUAAAACCUGUUUGAAUAGAAAGUUGAAGUGAUGGGUAUUGUGCUGGCCACAUGGUUUUAUAAUGAACCACAGUUGGAGAACUAGAAUUAAAGGUAACUUAAAGCCUGCAAUAUUGUACAUUCCAUUAGGUUUCAUAAAAGAUGGCAUGCUCAAAGAUUUAAAAAUAAAUUCAACAACAUAUUUUCUACUCCCAAAAGUAGUUAUUUUGCUUUUGUUUCAAGAUGGCUGCCUUGCCAUAUGGACAUGGUAUUGUCACGCUGGUCCUGAGUGCAAACCUGCUGCCCUCUAGGAAGUUUGGGCUCGGACAGAAGGAAAUGAAGCCCUAAAAAGCAUGUCAGUAACUUGAUAAGGACAAAAUUGUAGAGUUUCAAAUGGACUAUGGUGUACUGUUAUAUUUCUGAUACUGCUCAUGUUAACCAAACUAAACUAGUAAACAAUUAUUGACAAUUACUAGUACGCAAAUCUUGUAUCUCUACAGUAGUCCCUUGUCACAAACAAAUCUUAUGCUCUGAGAUUUGAAGGCAACUUACAGCACGAGAUUUUGUCCAUUUAUUUCUUGUUUUGUUUUGUUUCUUGAUUUGUUAUAACGUUUAUUGUUGAUGGAAGUAUGGAAUGAUUGGGGGAUUUCUAAUUUUUUCUUAGUUGGUAUUUUAUUGUGAGCUUACAAAAACAUGAACCAGAGGUGUAUUGUUGUAUGACUGGAUGUGAAAACUAAACAAGUUUUUUUUAAAUAAUCCUAUUUUUGUUAAAAUAUCAAGACAUUUUUAGCUAUUAUUGUAUGUACAAAUUAUUAAGGCUGAGGUUUCUAUUUGCCUUCGAGUCUGUAGAUUAGUGAUGGAUACAGUAUUUCCCAUAACUAUGCAGCCCCAGCUGCGACCUACAUACUUUGCCACAUGCAGUGCAGUGCCAGUGGUUGCUUUAGAUUUUCUUUUCGCCAUCUAUGUCUGUUCUCGGCAGUGGAAUUUUCUUUUGGCCUCAAAUGUGUAUCCCACGGCCUUUCACUGCUAUAAAUAUAAUAAUUCCAAAUUCUAGUGUCACUAGACUGUCCCAUGAUAAAACUGCUGAUAUUUUGAAUGAUUUUAUUUCUCUUGCAGUAUGCACAUGGGCUGAGAGAAUGUCCAAGUAAAAAGUAGAACAGGAAGAAAAUAAAACAUUAAACUUUCUGUAAUUAACAAGAAAGACACACACAAAAUUAUAUGAAAAAUAUAAUAAGAAAAGUUCAUUUUUUAAUGAUAAGUAAUUCUAGGUUGCAUUGAAAUUGUUUUUCUAGUAAAGAAUUUUGCAAGAAAUAAACUACAGUCAUUUCUUGUAUCUAUGUCCUGUACAAGUUUAGCUUUUGCAAUUAUUGUGUUUUAUUGAAUGUAGAGCUCAAAUAGUUUGGUUUUUUUACUGCUGAUAGGCUUGGUUUGUAGUGUGUCUAUGUCAGUGCAACUCUAAUGAGCUAGUCCAUGGAAAUCUUAUGUAGUCAUAUUCCAAUGGGCUUUGAUAAGGUGUGCAUCUGUAUAGACUUAUAUCUGUUGGUGUUUAGUGCAGGCCUGCUGUUAUAUUUUUUAAAAUGCGUCAAACUGCUUUUUAUAAUAUGCAUGCAUAACUAAAAUUUCAAAUAAUACAUUUAAGUGUUUUUGGGUUGAA